AUGAGCUCUUAUUUUGUAAACUCAUUCUGCGGUCGCUAUCCAAAUGGCCCGGACUACCCGUUACAUAAUUAUGGAGAUCCUAGUGCCGUGAGCGAGCAAUUCAGGGACUCCGCCAGCAUGCAUUCCGGCAGGUACGGCGGCUACUCCUACAAUGGCAUGGACCUCAGCGUCGGCCGCUCCGCUUCCAGCCACUUUGCGGCCGGAGGGCCCGCCGACAGGGCUCGCGGCAGCUACGCCGCCAACGCCGCCGCCGCCGCCGCCGCCGCCCCCGAGGCCAGGUACGCCAGCCGGGCGGCGGCCACCCACUCGCCUCCGCCUGAGCCGCUGCCCUGCGCCGCCGCCGCCGCCGCCGCCGCCGCCGCCUCUCCUGUCAGCGGCGACGCUCUCCACGGCGCAGCGAAAAACUCCGCCGCCAACUCGACCAGCACUUCGUCCACCUCCAGCAGCAGCAGCAGCAGCGCCAGCAGCAGCAGCAGCAGCAGCGCCAGCAGCAGCAGCAGCGCCAGCGCCAGCGCUGGCAACACCCACCUAGGCAGAGACGGGCUAAGCACGUCGCCUGGCACCGAAGAGGACCCUCCGGCCGGCGGCGAGCAGGCGUCCUCGCAGCAGCAGAACGACCAGAGCACGGCCCCGCAGCCUCCGCAGCCCCAGAUCUACCCCUGGAUGCGAAAGCUGCACAUAAGCCAUGACAACAUUGGGGGGCCCGAAGGGAAAAGGGCUCGGACUGCUUACACGCGCUACCAGACCCUGGAGCUGGAGAAAGAGUUUCACUUCAACAGAUACCUGACGCGCAGGAGGAGAAUUGAAAUAGCCCAUGCUCUUUGCCUCUCAGAAAGACAAAUCAAGAUCUGGUUCCAGAACAGGCGCAUGAAAUGGAAAAAGGAUAACAAGCUGAAGAGCAUGAGCAUGGCAGCGGCAGGAGGAGCCUUUCGCCCUUAGGAGAGGAUCCGGCCCUGCUGCUUCCUCCCCAGAAAGCAAAUCAAAUCAAAACAAAA